AUGUCAGACGUGAAGCCUGCUCAUCACAUUACAUCUACCAUGUUACCUGACGGGACAACGAUUCACAUCAAUGAUCAUGUCUAUCUUACUCCAGAACACUUGGGCGAGCCUUAUUACAUAGGCAGGGUUAUGGAGUUUUGUACUUCUCAUAAGCGCAAAGGUCUUCAAGCCCGCAUUGCUUGGUUCAAUCGCCCCAAGGAUGUCAUCAACAGGAAAUCAGCCGAUCCUUGUUUAUUAGUAGCCACCAUGCAUUCAGAUAUCAACCCUGUCUCUUCCAUUCGUGGCAAGUGUACAGUCAUUCACAAGUAUUAUAUUCCUCAAGAUCAAAUGGACAUUUAUCGUAAAACAGAAGACAAUUUCUAUUAUAAUCAGCUCUAUGAUCGAUAUAUUCAGCGUGUGUAUGAUGUGGUUCCUUGUGAGACUGUACAAAAUGUGCCCAUGGAUACAUUGGAAGCACUAAAGCAACGCUAUCAAUUCAUUGUGGUCGAACAAGGCAAAGCAGCCGAUUUGACUGUGGCCAGAAGAAUGUGCUGUGUCUGUCAAGAAUGGUGCCAAAGUGCUGUCUCUGUCAAAUGUGCAGCUUGUCAGAAGAGUUAUCAUAUGGCUUGUCUAAAUCCCCCACUAGCCAGAAAACCUUCCAAGGGUUUCGCUUGGCAGUGUGCAUUUUGUACGCGACAAGAAGCCCUAUCUAAUCCUCAAAGCCCUACUACCUCCUCAUCCAAUGCUGCUUCACCUGCUCAUGAGAAAAUCAAUGACACAAAACCUCAUGCCUCAUCUACAAACAAGACAGAAGCCAAAAGACAAACACGCUCCACACGUUCACAAGUCUCAAGGCUUCAACAAGCACAACAACAGGGAGCCAAACCCAUAUCGUGUCUAGGGAGCUCAUCAUCCCUUUCUGACACUCAUAACGCACUCAAGAACACUGGCUUAAAAAGCCAACAGAUAAAGAUGACGCACAUGUGGCCAUUUCGAUAUUUUGGUGUGAAUACAAACAUUCGUGAUAUUCUAGAUGUGGAUGAUCGUAUCUAUCCAAGAGCCAAGAGUAGAAUUGGUACCAAGUAUCAAGCUAAUAUGCCUGGCAUGGACCCCAAUGGGAGUCGUAGUCUAUCGCCCGCAAGUGAUGUCGCUUCUUCUUCAAGUAAAUCAAAGAAAUACGAAAAGAAGAAGCUUCAAAAAUCAAAUAGUAACCAAAGUAAUGGUAAAAAAUCAGUGGAAGCAAGCCCUAAAGAGUCUAUGUCUGACAUGGAGGAGCCUAUUCCAGUACGAGGUGGGGAUGAUACAGUCACUUGUCUUUAUCGACCGGGUAUUCUGAAUGAAGAACAAGUGGAUGAUUACAUGAAUCAAGUCAAGCAACUUCAACAUUUACCACUUCCAUCUUAUUCUCCUGAUCUGCUCGACAGAGCUCUUUUAGAACUUGAAUUGAAUAGUUAUCAUACAGACAUUGCUUAUGAGCAUAUGUGCCAUUUGACAAAGGAAGACUUCAAGCAUGUAGUUGAAUGGACGCCAAAAGAGAUAGAAGCCUUUGAGCAGAGUAUUCGUGAACAUGGGCAUGAUUUAAACUAUGCCAAGAACAGUGUCAAGACAAAACCCAUGGCAGAUAUUGUACGUUAUUUCUAUCAAUGGAAAAAGACAGAUCGAUAUGAACCUGUGUAUUCUGAAUGGACAAAGAUCUAUCGACCUCUUAAACGAUUUAAGAAGUUUCCUCGACAGGAAGAAGAACACAAAGAAGAAGAAGAGGACCAUUCAAAGGCCAUGACAACUGAAGAAGAAGACCCUACGAUUGUACCACGCAAUACUUAUGACAGAGGAUAUCAAUGCAUGAAUUGUUUGACAGUAGAAUCGCAUACAUGGAGAAGAUCACCUUCAGAUAUUGACCGAAAGAGACAGGUGUUUAACAAAGUGCUAUGCAAUGAUUGUGGUGUAUUUUGGCUAAAGUAUGCAAAGACCAAACCUAUUUCUCCAGAGAUCAGAAUUGCCAAUAUCAGUGCACAACAAGCAGCUUCUGAUGUUAAAUAUGAAGAUGACAAGAGACGUAAACGACCAAGCGAUUUUGUACCAAGCAGACCAAGCAAAAAGACCAAAGAUGAGAAGUUGACCUUGAGAUUUAUUCCUUCAGCUUGUCAGAUAUGUUUGAAUAUGACACCGGACAUUCGUCUCUAUACAUGCUAUGACUGUGGCAUGUCUGUCCAUAAUGAUUGUUACGGUAUCAGCCAAAAGGACAAGCAAGGUUGGCGUUGUGAUCCAUGCGAUAACAAACACAAGCCAGUAUCUUCUUAUGUCUAUGAAUGUGUUCUUUGCUUUAAUUCAGAGGCCAAGCAUCAACCACUCAAAUGUACAGCAGGCUAUUACUGGGCUCAUGUUCAAUGCGCCAUGUUUAUUCCUGAAGUCAAAUUUGUUCAUCCUAGCCUGCUCUCUCCUGUGGAGUACAUCAGUUGUGUCAAUAUGGCACGUUUAAAUGCGGAUUGCGAUUUAUGCAGUGAUAAGCGUGGGGCUUGUGUGGCUUGUUCUGAAUGCCAAAAGACAGUGCAUGUUCAAUGUGCUAUUCAUCACCAAUUCAAACUGGCGUUUGAGAUACAACCGAAUAAGAUGGAAAAGUACCCUACAGUGCCUGCUGGUCUGUUUGGUUCUUCUCCCUCAGGUCUUAUGGUGCCUCAAGUAUGGUGUCCCUCACACUCUUUAUCAGAUAAACAAUUGAUUGAGUUAGAUACACGGACAACAGACGAGGCAAAAGAGUCUGCAUUGAUAGUUUAUGCUAAAACAUACAAGGGCGUGGCUAAAGGCACUACACCUGCCAUGCGACGAUUUAGAGCUACUUGGCAUGCGUCCAGUAAAAUCACACCUUGUUCUACUAAAAUACCUGAUCCUCGAGAAGCAGCGAUAGAAGCAUUGACCAUGGAUGACUCCCCUUCACCGCUUCCUUCACCUAUUAAAAUCUCGAUUUCAUUCACUAAUACAAACCGCGUCUGUGCCACAGAAGGAUGUGAAGUGCAACACACACCUGUUUGGUGGUCUAUAAGUCCAGAUUCAGAUGAAAAGAUAUGCCAUCGCUGUCACAAACAACGCACAUUAUAA